GUAGUACAAUGUCACGUGAACAAUGGACUGGUAAUUGUUUCAGUGAAUAAUUAAGUUCAGUCACCAGUGCAGCCCCGCACCAAGUCCACGACCAUGUACGGCCAAUUCUUUCGCUUUCCGGUGCUACUGCUGCUGCUGUGCCAGAGCUGUGUCUUAUCAUCCUACACUCGAGGCAAACCUAGCUCUGGGUCACCGAUGGCACCGGAGGACUCGGAUGUGGCCACCAUGCUGUUGAACAAUCUUAGCGAAUCGGUGCGGGAACGUCCCGAUGAUGUGUCAUACUUCGAAGAGGACGAGCUGGGUCUGUCCAUCGUGCUGGGGGCAGCAGGGUCCGGUAAUGGUAGCCGAGUCGCCAAACGGUCGGCCGAUUGGAUUAACCGCAUCGAGGUGCAGGAGGAAGAUAUCAGUACUAAUUACACCCCAUUCAACGUUGGAGUGCUAAUGGCAUCUCAUUUGGAUUCGCCAUUUGAUUUGGAACGAUGUGGACCAGCUGUAGAUUUAGCGUUAGACUUUAUAAACGAUUUUUUGGGGAAGACACAUAAUAUCAAGCUGAAAAAAGUUCAAGCAAGCUACGCCUCCUGCUCGGGAGCUAAAUCGCCCGGCCUUGCGGCGGAUAUGCACUUCAAGAACAACGUGGUGGCCUUCAUCGGACCGGCAUGUGCCUUUGCGUUGGAACCGGUGGCCCGGCUGGCCGACUACUGGAAUACACCCAUCAUCACGGGCAUGGGUGACCAGCCCCCAUCGGAAGGUGAGCUCUCGGUAACAUCCGGAAUCUUAGGACGUUUGAGUAAUAAAUGGAAAAACGAAAGCACGGGAAUCUUCAAGGACAAAUCCAAGUAUCAAACGUUGACUCGCAUGUCGUACUGCCAGUGUCGGCUGAAGCUGGUGUUCUCGAGCAUUUUCCAUACGUUCGACUGGCGGCACAUCGCACUGAUAUUGGACCGGUCGGAUUUGUUUUCCCUGACGGUGGGGAAAAAUCUCGAGUACGGGCUCAAGGAGGAAGACCUGCUGACCUGCGUGCGAGAACUGGACGGAAACGACGAAGAGGACCUGGAUAACUAUUUGCGCGAUGUGAGCAUGUACGCUCGAGUGAUUAUCUUGUCCGUCCGGGGCAGUUUGGUGCGAAAGUUCAUGCUCUCGGCCCACCGGCUCGGCAUGACGAGGGGUGAGUUCACAUUUCUGGACGUGGAAAUCUUCCAAAGCUCCUACUGGGGCGACCACUACUGGGAACUGGGCGACGAAGACGACCAAACCGCUCGGUUAGCGUACGAAGCCCUGCUGAGAGUUUCGCUGCUGCAGCCCACCAGCCCCUCGUACCAGUACUUUGCCGAUCAGGUGAGACUCCGCGCCAAACGGGACUACAAUUACACCUUCGUGGAGGACGAGGAGGUGAACUUUUUCAUCGGAGCCUUUUUCGAUGGUGUCUACCUGCUGGGUAUGGCACUGAACGAGACACUGAACGAAGGUGGCGACAUCCGAGACGGGACGGCAAUCACUCGGAAGAUGUGGAAUAGAAGCUUCGACGGCAUCACCGGAAACGUGCGGAUUGACGACAAUGGAGAUCGGGACGCCGAUUAUUCCAUACUUGACCUGGACCCCAUUACUGGCCGUUUCGAGGUGGUUGCUCAUUAUUACGGACGCACCAGGGCUUACUCCCCGGUAAAAGGCAAACGGAUCCACUGGCCCGGGGGUCGGGAAGGUCCUCCACCCGAUGUACCCAAGUGUGGAUUUUUGGGAACAUCACCUUCGUGCCAGGGCAGCGAAAUAAUUCUCAUCUACGCGUUGAUCGGGUUCGGGAUAAUAUCGACGUUCGGCGCAGCCGUCACGUACAUUCUUUGCAAGCAAAUGAAGUUGAACAACGAACUGAAUAAUAUGUCCUGGCGAGUGCGGCCGGAGGAUGUUCUGCUGGAAGUGGGGCGACUUUUCGGGAGUAAAAUGGGACUGCAGAAGUUGAAUUACGAGAACUUUUCUCUCCAACAAUUUGGAAGCUCCGGUCGGGCGUCAAUUUCAAGCGGGCAUUCUCAACUACCAGCCCAAUUGUUCACAACCAUCGGUAUCUACAAAGGUGAGCGAGUUGCCAUCAAAAAGGUCGCCAAAAAGAAGGUUUACAUAACCUCAACCCUGCUGUGGGAAAUCAAACAAGCCCGUGACGUAAGCCACGAGAACACGGUCCGGUUUGUGGGAGCCUGUAUCGAUCUACCAAGGCCAACCAUUCUGAUAUUGACCGAAUAUUGCCCGAAAGGGAGUCUCAAGGAUGUACUAGAAAACGAAGCCAUUCAGCUUGAUUGGAACUUUCGAAUGUCGCUGAUCCAUGACGUAGUCAAAGGAAUGGCAUACCUUCAUAACAGUGACGUGGGAGUCCAUGGAAAGCUACGGUCCUGUAACUGCCUCAUCGAUGGCCGAUUCGUUCUGAAGAUCUCAGAUUUUGGACUACGCACGCUCUCCACUCCGUCGGAGUUUGUUCGGGAUCAAAACUACUACAACAAAUUGCUUUGGGUAGCACCCGAGCUGCUUCCGACGACGGUGAUCCCGGGCACGCCAGCUACGCAGAAGGGAGAUGUCUACUCGUUUGCGAUCAUACUGGAGGAGAUCGUUGUGCGAGGAGAUCCAUACGAGACGGCUCGACAGUUCAUGGAUCCCCAGCAGAUUGCGGAACGGGUUGCAGCACACGAGAGCCCUCCUUUCAGACCGUUUGUUGGACAGAGGGAUUGUCCUCCGGAUCUGCUAGAUCUGAUGGAGAAAUGCUGGUCGGACAGUCCGGACGACAGGCCCAGUUUUAUUCAAAUAAAGAGCACUGUGAAGUUGAUUAUGAAGGGAUUCUGUGAGAACCUUAUGGAUGAUCUGCUUCGUCGCAUGGAACAGUAUGCCAACAAUUUGGAAAGCUUGGUUGAAGAGAAAACCGAACAGCUCAGCAUGGAGAAACGACGUACUGAAGAGCUUCUGUAUCAAGUUCUGCCAAGGCCGGUGGCUCAACAACUGCUGGCCGGAGAAAUGGUUCAACCAGAACAAUUCGAAACCGUUACAAUCUACUUCAGCGAUAUUGUAGGCUUUACCGCACUCUGUGCCCAGAGUCGGCCGAUGGAGGUCGUAGACUUCCUUAACGAUCUGUACAGCACUUUUGAUAGGAUAAUUGAAUUUUACGAUGUUUACAAGGUCGAGACCAUUGGAGAUGCCUACAUGGUGGUGUCAGGGCUUCCAGAACGGAAUGGGCACGAUCAUGCCCGGGAAAUCGCUCUUAUGUCGUUGGCGAUACUGGAUGCUGUAAAAUCUUUUACCAUUAAACACAAGCCAGAACAGCAGCUGAAAAUUCGCAUAGGACUUCACUCCGGGCCGGUCUGUGCUGGAGUUGUCGGGCAGAAAAUGCCUCACUAUUGUUUGUUCGGUGAUACGGUCAAUACGGCUUCGAGGAUGGAAUCAACUGGACACCCCUUGAAAAUUCACGUGUCAGAAGCAGCAAAGCAAAUCUUGGAUGUAUUUGGAACGUUUCGACUGGAACUUCGUGGGGAAGUUGAACUGAAAGGAAAAGGGAUCUGUACAACGUAUUGGCUAUUGGAAUGCUCUGAACCAGACUUAAGGUCCGCAACACCGAUGAAGAAUUAUAUCGACAACGAUGUUCCAUUUCCGAUACUUUUUCCAGCAAUUGGAAAAUAGGCUUAGGCGUAUCAAACAA